AUGCCCAUGUUUGGACAAACCCACAGUGAAAGUGGAGAAUCUCAAGCUCCACCUGGACUUUUGCUGAAGCCAGCAGGUAGCCAGCUGUAUCGAGCAUAUCGGCAUGUCUUCACUGCAGCCUACGAAAGAUUGGCAAGAGCUUUGGAGGCUCAAGCAGAAGGCCUGGGUUACGAUCCCUUCGCCUUGCUCACACCUGCGGAGGUGGCAAUGGCCAUCCGAUCCUUUCCCGAGCUGAAAUUUGAGGAGUGUCACCUCUUGCUUCGCAUGUUAAACGCCCUUGAUUCAGCGCCUCAGCUCCUGAUUGCAGGGAGUGCUGGUGGCACGGAGCUGGUGCCCGCACAGGAAGUUGUGCAGAGCAGCUUGCUGGGAAGGAUGACCAUGGCGGAACUGGUUGAUGUCUUCGAAGCUUUUGGAGCACAGGGUUUGGCAAGCUGCGAUUCAGUGGCUCAGGCCAUUGUGCACAGAUACGGAGCAAAUGGUGGGCGAAUUUCUCGGCGAAAUGCAGCGAGAGCCAUCCGUGUGAUGGCGCAGCUUCGCCUUGCACGACCUGAGUUGUUGGACUUGUUGCUGGCAGAGUUGAAUGGCUGGCAGGUGAGUGACCCGAAUGGCUCCGAGCUGCGGCCACGGCCGGCCCUGACGGUGCUAUGGUCGCUGAGUGCCUUGGAGCUGCUUCCCAGGACGGCGCAGUUGGUCGAUUGGUUCUUGGAAUUCCUGUGUCGGGAAGCAGUUGCAGGGUAUGUUCUCGGAACCAAAGCGCAGGCUGUAGAGCUGUUCGAAAGUCUUGGAGCAGCACAGUCCAGUCUGCCACAGCUCACAACAAGGCACCUCGAGACUCUCAUGGCGGGACAUUCCCCAGCUGCAGAGCAGGUUCUCUUGGAGAUCGGCCAAGGGAGAGAACUUCGAAGUGCUCAGGAACUUCUGGGUAUGCCCAGGUCCAAAUUUAUGGAGCAGCACCAAUUGCUGGAGCCACGAGAGGCCCAUGAGUCCAGUUUGAACUCUGAAGACCUUGGCUUUGAAGGUUCUUCUCCAGAUCUCAAGGGUCGUUCGCUGCUGGAUGAGCUGGCCUUGCGCUGGGAGCUACACAGAAGUCAACAGGGCCGUGCGAUACCCAAGUCCAAGCAGUUGAUGGGUCUGGUCUUGGCAGGGCUGAAUGCGGCUCCCUUGCUGCGUGCGACGCCACACCCUUUGAGCACCAUGGCCCAAGAAGAGCUGCGGGGUAGCGGCGGCUUUGAACAACAGUGGCCUGUAGGUUGCUAUGAUGUUGACUGGGGACAUCCCUUCUUCCGGAUUGGCAUACUUGUCUUGAGAGACCAGGACUUCCUUUACGAUGCCACUGCGACUGCGCAUGGGACUGAACUGCAUGGGGCAGCACGACUGCGACUCCGGCUUUUGUCGGAAGAACGGUGGUGGCUGAUCCUGCUACGUGCGUCAGCUGUUGACACCUGGAUCGUGCCCAAAGAUCCUCAACUCUUCAAUCGCCAACUGCAGGCCCGUGUGGCCCGGGCGAACAAGCUCUACCCCCUCGAGAGAAGGUGGGUUUUACCGACCAUUUGA